CGCACAGCCCGACAGCAUGAAGGACCUGGAUGCCAUCAAGCUCUUCGUGGGGCAGAUCCCGCGCAACCUGGAGGAGAAGGACCUCAAGCCGCUCUUCGAGCAGUUCGGCAAGAUCUACGAGCUCACCGUGCUCAAGGACCGCUACACCGGCAUGCACAAGGGUUGUGCGUUCCUCACAUACUGUGCCAGAGACUCUGCCAUCAAAGCCCAGACAGCACUGCAUGAACAGAAGACUUUGCCAGGGAUGGCGCGCCCGAUUCAAGUGAAACCCGCAGACAGCGAGAGCCGUGGAGGUAGGGACAGGAAGCUCUUUGUGGGCAUGUUAAAUAAGCAGCAGUCUGAGGAUGACGUGCUCCGGCUCUUUGAACCAUUUGGGGUCAUUGAUGAAUGUACGGUGCUCCGUGGACCUGAUGGUAACAGCAAAGGCUGUGCUUUUGUAAAGUUCUCAUCUCACACAGAGGCUCAGGCAGCAAUCCACGCACUCCAUGGCAGCCAGACAAUGCCCGGCGCCUCCUCCAGUCUAGUGGUGAAGUUUGCUGACACAGAUAAGGAGAGGACCCUCCGUCGUAUGCAGCAAAUGGUGGGGCAGCUGGGGAUAUUCACUCCAUCUCUCGCCUUGCCGUUCAGCCCAUACAGCGCCUAUGCGCAGGCUCUGAUGCAGCAGCAGACAACGGUUCUCUCCACCUCGCACGGCAGCUACCUGAGCCCAGGCGUCGCCUUUUCCCCUUGCCACAUCCAACAGAUCGGUGCCGUCAGUCUCAAUGGGCUGCCAGCCACUCCUAUUGCACCAACAUCAGGGCUACAUUCACCGCCUCUCCUGGGAACAGCAGGCAUGCCGGGACUGGUGGCACCCAUUUCAAAUGGCUUCACUGGAGUGGUACCAUUCCCAAAUGGGCAUCCAACCUUGGAAACAGUUUACACCAAUGGCCUUGUGCCAUACUCGGCCCAGAGCCCUUCAGUAGCAGAGACUUUGCACCCAGCCUUCACAGGAGUUCAGCAGUAUGCAGCUGUGUAUCCAACUGCCAUCACCCCCAUUGCUCAGAGCAUCGCUCAGCCACCUCCCAUCCUGCAGCAGCAGCAACGAGAAGGUCCUGAAGGCUGCAAUCUCUUCAUCUACCAUCUCCCUCAGGAGUUUGGAGACAAUGAGUUGAUGCAGAUGUUCCUGCCCUUUGGCAAUAUCAUUUCCUCCAAGGUAUUCAUGGAUCGUGCCACCAACCAGAGCAAGUGUUUUGGUUUUGUAAGCUUUGACAACCCAUCCAGUGCACAGACUGCUAUCCAGGCCAUGAAUGGCUUCCAGAUUGGCACGAAACGUUUGAAGGUCCAGUUAAAACGACCCAAGGAUGCUAACCAUCCCUACUGAUGGCAGCGAGCAAGCAGGAGUCACUUCUGCAGCACAGGCAAGAGAAGAUAAGAGAGUGUGAGCAGAUGCUAUCUCCAAAACAGAGUGACAGAAGCCUCCCAGGGGCUACACACUGCCUCCACAUAUCGGAAGUAACGUAAUGCUGGUUAGUGGGCAGUUCCGAUUCCCAGACGAAAUGGGACAUUUUCUCCAUCUGAAUUUCACAAGAGGACUCACCCCUUUCUUACACUCUGCAAAGCUUUCCCAAGCAGACAUCAAGGAUAGUGUGAUGAAAGAGGGUUGCCAUUCUGUUUUUUUCCCACCACCCCCUCCAAGGGACAGAUUAUACAUUGUGCAGCGUGUACAGAUACAGUUAUAUACACAUACACUUAAGUACAAAACAUAGUUCAGAGCUUGAUUUAACAAAUAUCCCCUGGGGGUAAGGGGGUGUGUCAUACUGACAAGGCAUAUCCCUUUAACAACUUGAAACAGUCUCUUUAAGUUUCUACCAAAACAAGGAAAGGAAAGAAAAACAAAACAAAACAACCCUACAAACCUUCUGAAUGAUAAGUUUCAAUAUUCCAGUUUGAUAAGGUACCAAGAACAUUCCUGUGUGUG